AUGUAUCUAAAUACCCGUCUUCCAACUCACUUCAAAACAACAAAGAGGGGUGUCUUAGCUGUUGGCAUUGAUUUUGGAACCACAUUGGACAAUAGUAACAGUGGAGUUGCUUGGGCUACCGCCGCUGUUUUCGAAAGACACAACAUCAAUUUCAUCUCCUCCUGGCCUGGCCUAGGCCGGGAGGAAGGAAAGGUAUCACGCCUCCAAUGGUUCAAGCUUUUGUUGCUGAAACCUGAUGACCUGAGCCCUGAGAUGCGAGCAUCACCCUUCCUGCAACGCGCUCGCGACAUCACAAGACAGUCUGGUAAGGAUCCUGUCGACGUGGUCGCCGACUACCUCAGACUGCUCUGGGAUCAUGCCCAGACCAAGAUCAAGCAGGAACUCGGCAAUGCAGUGUUUAACGCUUUGACUUUGCAUAUUGUUGUGACCAUUCCGGCCAUCUGGAAAGGCUAUGCCCAGCAAAGCACUGAACAAGCUAUCCGGAAGGCAGGCAUGCUAUCGCGUCGAUCGGCUGGGCCGACUGAGCUCAAUGUGGUGACCGAGCCUGAAGCUGCAGCGUUGUCAACUAUACUAGAUCGCUACGACUCUGUGGAGCAAGGCAACGUAUAUGUUGUGUGUGAUGCUGGCGGAGGCACUGUGGACCCGAUUACCUACGAGAUCGAGUCUAUUGAUCCCAUCCGCAUGCGCGAGGCGGUUUUAGGACAAGGAGAGCUUUGUGGAGGUGUCUUCAUCGAUGAAGCCUUUGAGAAAAAGUGCAGAGAACGUCUGGGCUCGACCUGGAAAUCUAUGAGUCGCGGAGGAAAGAACGAAAUCAUCAAAGAGUCCUGGGAGUAUUCCAUCAAGCCAUAG